UGAUGUUCCAGCCAUGUCAUAUUACCCUCAGUUUCUCUGUUUACUGUCUCCAGUGUACAAAUAGUGGCUGCACCUGCUCAUGGUCACACUCCUGACAGCCAGCAGACUCUACGAGAACCGCAUAAUGCCACUCAGCUGCACAGAGCUAGACGGUGCCCUGAAGAGGUACUAUCUGUCACCAUUUUAUGGAAUCGAGUUCUGCAUUGGUUUCCCUGGAAACCUCUUGGUCGUACUUGGUUAUAUUUUUUGUUUGCAGGAGUGGCAGAGCUGCAAUAUCUAUCUUUUUAAUCUGGCGGUGUCUGACCUUAUUUUCCUCUGUACAUUGCCACGCCUCUCCUACCUUUAUGCAAAUGAUCAGGUAGAAACUAUGACCUACGCGUGCAUUGUCAAUCGCUACGUCCUACAUGUCAAUCUUUACUCUUCCAUCCUCUUUAUGGUUUGGCUCAGCAUGGACCGCUUCUUGCUCAUAAAACAUCCAACUAGGAAUCAUUACCUGCUGAGGCCACGAACAGCCCUGAUUGUGACCGGGUUGAGCUGGGUGGCCGUCAAUGUGGAAAUUGCCCCAAUGAUCUCAUUAAUGCUCCAGGACUUACAAACACAAAACUGGAGCUUCUGCAAUGAUUUUGGCAGCCUAAAAGGAGAUGUCAACCCCUUAGGUUACAGCAUUGGGUUAACAAUUACUGGUUACAUUCUCCCUAUGAUUGCACUUUGUGUUUUUUCCUAUCAAAUUGCCCACCUGCUCCAGAUGCAGGAAAGAGCUCACAGGACAUCAUACAGACGGGCUCUUAGAGUUGCUAUCUCAGCUGCUGCCAUGUUUCUGAUUCUCUACACCCCCUACCACGUGCUGAGAAAUGUGAGGAUAGCAUCUCAGAAGCCCUGGGCAGGGGUGGAAACAUGUUCAAUAGAAUACAUAGAUUCUCUGUACAUCUUGACCAGACCAUUGGCCUUCCUGCACAGUGUCAUCAACCCUGUCUUCUACUUCUUCAUGGGCGACAAGUUCAGAAAUCUCCUAAUCUCUAAACUCAGAAAGACAUUCAGAAAGAAGGAGCCGAGAAGAGAACCAGCCUGACUAAACUUAACACAGGAUUCCUGCAUGCGUGGAAGAAAACGAGAUGCAUAAAAAUCAGGUAUCACAUGAGAAUCAGCUUCAACUGUACAUAAAAAUUCUUCACUGUAUAUUUUGUAUUAAAUAUUUUAUAUUUUAAAGUAAAAUGUGUAAUAUAAAGUUAUUUUUACAUGUAUUAGGCUGAUCUUAAUUGACAUUUUAUUUUAACUAUAGGCAUUCUAUGAUAGUCAAUGUGAACCUAUUUUGUUUUCUGUACUUGUAGUUGUUGAUAAAGGGUUAAAAUUGGCACAUCUGGAAAUUGACAAAACUGGCUCAACAAGUUUUAAAAUUUUUACCACUAAGGCUGCACAACAGAAAGAAGUAAACCCUGCCUUCUCUAUAGAAUAUUCACAAUUUUUACAAGAUUGUUUUUUCUGUGUCCUCUCCUAUUUUCCAUGUUAUAUUAUUUCUAUACCAGUUUUUGACAUUUUUUGCGCACCAAAGUCUAGCACAGAUAGACUUGUAAUGACGAUAACUAUUUAAAAAAAAUACUUCUUUUACUUUCUACAGCGAUUUUUUUAAGGUUUUUAUGUAAAGCCCUUUGAAUUGUAUUGAAAUGUGCUGUACAAAUAAACUUGCCUUGCCUUGCCUGCCGCUGUCACAAUUAUGAAAUUUCAGCUGAUAAUGGAUUGCCUUUAAAUGAUGUGAAUUAACAAAUUAAUUGCUCCUGCUCCUUUUGUGACAGUCUGCAAAAUGGUCAAUGCUGCACCAUAAACAAGAAAAUAUCCAUGUAUUUGUUGUAACAAAAAUAAAUGAAUAAAAGUAAUAAUAAAAAAGAACAUUACUUGAAAUAUGUGUUUGGUUUUUAGGCUUUUUAUACCUAACCUUACACAUGGCUGACGCGCUAUAUCUGCAACCAGAUGAGCUUUGUAAAUUUCACUUAAAGGAGCUUGAGGCCGGAUUGAGGCAGAAUUUAUGAAAAAAAUUUGUAUACGUUUUAAGUUUUCUAGUAAUAAUGUCAGAUGAAGCGUUCCAAACCCAAAAGAAUGAGCCCUCUAGUGUAUCUCUCCGUGUGAUGCAAAAUGUGCUGCAAUUCGGGCCCAAAUUUCCUGCGCUGGGCUGCGGAUGUGACGUCACAUGACGCUGCAUGCACGUUCUCCCCGUUCUCCCGUGCCGGCUUCACUGUUGGCUGCAGUACCCCCGGCUGCCGUCG